CCUUUACACCACUCGUCCCAUCAUAUCUGUCACAGAGUCCAGCAGAGUCCAGAGUUUGUGUGCACGCUGACAGGUGCCUCGAUCCAGUCCGGACAGACCACGGCUGGGGGUUCGGAGAGGACAGCCGGGCACGCCUGCUUCGGGACAGGAGGUGGUGGGUGGUGGUUGUGAUGCUGUAGGGGGGGACUGAUGGAUGUGUGACGUUGGCGAAUUGCAGCAAUUGUCAAACUGUACGUGAGGAGAGACCAGCCAUAACGCACUGGAUACAGCAGAUUUGAGGAGGGAGAGCAAGUGGAGGAAGGGGGUGGGGGGAUACGACAGAGGUAGGAAUAAAAAAACAUCAACAGGGAGUUGGAUGGAUGCAAGGGCACUGAGAGCUGGAGACCGGCUCUAGAAACAUCAAGGGUCCCAUCAAGAGGUCUGGUGUCUGCACCAAAUCAGCUUCAGGGAUGUAGUCGAAGCGGUUUAGAGCUCAGCCCAUCCGAGCUCGUCAUCAUGAAGAAACACUCCGCAAGGGUUGCCCCGCUGUCCGCCUGCAACAGUCCGGUGCUCACCCUCACCAAAGUGGAAGGAGAAGAUCGCGCCAGGGAGAAUGUGGUGGGCACCUCAGAUCCACAGUCAGCUGGCUGUGCAGCAGGAGCAGAGUCCGGCUCCAACAGACGGAGGCUCCACUGCUGCGUCAGAGUAACAACCGUACAGGUGCGUAAGGCCCUGUGGGGAGUCGCCAUGGUGAUGUGCGUGUGCUCGUCCUGGGCAGGGUCCACCCAGCUGGCCAAACUGACCUUCAAGCAGUUUGACGCCCCCUUCACCCUCACCUGGUUCGCCACCACCUGGAACUGCCUCUUCUUCCCUCUCUAUUACAUUGGCCACCUGUGCAAGAGUCCAGAGAGGCAGACACCCAGACAGAGAUUCAGGGAGUGCUGUAGAUUUUUCGGGGAUGACGGGCUGACACCCAAGGUGUUUUUCACCAAGGUAGCUCCUUUUGGCCUGCUGUGGAUCCUCACCAACUACCUGUACCUGCAGGCCCUCAGGAAGAUCAACACAACAGACGUGUCAGCGCUUUUCUGUUGUAACAAGGCCUUCGUCUUCCUGCUGUCUUGGAUUGUACUCAGAGACCGCUUCAUGGGGGUCAGGAUCGUAGCUGCUAUCUUGGCCAUAGCAGGCAUUGUAAUGAUGACCUACGCUGAUGGAUUCCACAGCCACUCAGUCAUUGGCAUUACUUUUGUGGUGGCCUCUGCUUCAAUGUCAGCACUCUACAAGGUGCUCUUCAAGAUGGUCCUGGGCAGUGCCAAAUUUGGAGAGGCUGCACUCUUUCUGAGCAUCGUCGGAAGCGCCAACUUUGUUUUCAUCAGCUUUGUGCCGUUCAUCUUGUAUUUUACACGUGUGGAGUACAUUGGCUCGCCUGAAGACAUCCCCUGGGCCUACCUCUGUGGGGUUGCUGCCCUGCUUUUUGCUUUCAACAUCCUGGUGAACUUUGGCAUUGCGAUAACAUACCCAACUUUAAUCUCGCUGGGCAUCGUCCUAAGUGUUCCUGUAAAUGCCAUGGUGGACCUCUACACAUGUGAAAUUCAUUUCAACACAGUGCGCCUCAUCGCUGUGUUCAUCAUCUGCCUGGGUUUCCUCAUGCUAUUGUUACCAGAGGACUGGGACCAGUGCAUCAUCCAGCUCAGCACAAAGCUGCGCAAACGUGAUGAGCCAGCAGAGGGCAGCGGAGAGGCAGGCGCGACCACAGGGCUCAACUGGAGAGGGAGAGCCAGGACCUCCAACAUGUCAACAUUUGCACAUUGACUCCGUGAAAUACUAUCAUUCAAACAGACGCAGACAGACACAAGGGAGGGAGACACACUAACACCUAGUGUCGAUGUUGGGACAUGUGAUCUGCCCUCACUUUUGCGCAGCUUCCCAAGUGAAUAAAAUAUUUUAGACUGCCCCCUGA